UAUUCCUUUUUAUUACUAUCAGAUCUUUGGACCCGUGAUGCAAAUUCUGAAGUUUAAAUCUUUAGAGGAAGUGAUUGAGAGAGCCAAUGACAGCAAAUACGGCCUUGCAGCUGCUGUUUUUACCAAAAACAUUGAUAAGGCCCAUUACAUAUCCAACGGCCUGCGCGCUGGCACUGUGUGGAUUAACUGUUAUGACGUGUUCGGAGUUCAGGCUCCAUUUGGAGGAUACAAGGCCUCAGGAAUUGGUCGUGAGUUAGGAGAGUACGGACUGGACAACUACACAGAGGUCAAAACGGUUACAAUUAAGAUCCCUCAGAAAAAUUCGUAAAUGGAUGAAUUAAUUUAAGGAAGCCAUUUCCUAAUUAUAAGAGCCAUGCCAGCCAUUAUUAAAAUGUACUAUGAUUACUAUGAUUCUCAUGCAUUAGCAUAAUUAAUGUGUUGAUUUCUACUGAAAAAUAAUAAGCGUUUAGUAUACAUUUUGUUUUGGCAGUGAUGAUUAGUUAGUCACGUACUGUAUAGUUGAUUUUACAAAAGAUAUUGCUUGAUUAUCCACCAGACAAAAGGAGGGAAAAUGUGUAUUGGGCUGACUUCAUUCUGUUUAAUUAAAGCAUUAUAUAGACAGCAUAAUCACUACAAUUAUUUGCAUGCAUGUGCUGAUUUGUGAAAUAAAUGCUUCAGAUUUUUGGUUUUA